AUGACGAGUUUUUCUAUCUUUGCUUCCGAAUCCUUGUCCUCUUCGGAGCGCAGCUGUCAUGUGACAAAACAGGAGGGUUUAGGUUUAGUGCUAGUUUACAAUAUAAAGAUGUCCUACUACUCCAUAUUCGUCAUCCAAACAGUGGUGCACACUGACUAUGUUGCGCUAUUUUUUUCGCUUUCGAAACGAGUUAACCUUCCCCUCAUUUUGCGUCGGGCAGUAGAAAUACAUCGGUAUGAUCUUACCAUUAGUCAUCAUAUUACGCGUCCCAGUAACUCUUUGAGAGAAGUACUCAUCCGUCUAGGAGCAGAUGAAAGAGUAGUUUGCGCUGUGCAAGAGCACAACUGUCUACGGGGAACACGAGUGGAUCCGGGCUUCAGAGAAAGUAGGCCUCCUAAAUACGUCCGAGAAUUUUGUACCCUUGAUUUUGUCCGAUGGCGGCCAGCUGAACUCAUAAGUGAAGAUGCUUUGUUCUCUCCCGUAGCACCACAAGGCAAACAACACAAGAAUUUUCAUAAAAGUACAAUGGUGCUCUAG